AUGUCUGCCUGCCUCGUUUCUCCGGAGCCAACACUAGCGACUGAAGCUGAACUAAGGCGAUACCAUGACGCGCGCUAUGUUGAAUACCUCCUGCGAGACCGCACUGAAGAGGAAGACUACAAUGCGUCAUCCAACUCGGACAACGACAAGGUCCCAGACCAUGUCCACCUUGAGCCAUAUGCCCCCUCGUUCACACUUGAAGUUCCAGAAAGCAAUGUGCCGGACGAAAAUACAGACGAGGGUCUGGAGCAAGCAGAGGCGGCAUUCACCGUUCUCGCUGAGAGGAUUCGCGCGAUUGUUGCGCUGCACACUUGA